UGGAGGGCGAGUCAACUGGGCGAAGGCGGUGGGAGCUGCGAGUGCGCGAUUGGGGGCGGAAAAUAAGCUUCCCCAGCCCUACAAGAAAGGGGGCCGGGAGGGAAGAGCCCCGUGGCUUCAGGGCAGGGGAGCCCCGAGGCAGAAGGGCUUUUGUGGGUGAGAAAAGAAAGAGGCAGGCUGCGGAGAGACAGACAGACAUUUUGCAACGCAGGGCGAGAGGAGGGGGGUCCCCCGUUCCCCACAGGCUGCCUCACCGUUUGGAUUUUACGCCUCUUUCAAAUGUUUUUUGUUUAUCAGGCCGUGUUUGAUCUCCUGGACUAAGUGAGACCCAGAUUCCCUCAUCUUGGAGAAAAUGGAAGUAACAGCACAGUGCAACACAGAGUUUCCUAAUAUGAUGGUCAAGGUGGAACAAGAAGAGGAGCUACCUGGCCAAGAUCAGUGGAAGUUGGAGACCUCCUCAGGUACCAACACAGAAGGUGCAGUGGUGUCUCUGCCUCAAUGUGGAGAGAAGAGGAAUGGAGAGCAAACGGCUGCAGAAAGACCGGCUCAGGACCCAGUGGACUUCGAAGAUGUGGCUGUGUAUUUCACCAAGGAGGAGUGGGGCCUGCUGGAUGCAAACCAGAGAUCUUUAUACUGGGAAGUCAUGUUGGACAACUACAAGAUUUUGUCCUCUCUUGAUAACUGGAGAGGAAUGAACAUGUGCACCAAGUGGCCUCAGGAAGCAGAUACAGGGGAGAAACCCUACAAAUGCCAUGAGUGUGGGGAAUGUUUUGCUCACAGUUUGGAUCUUGUGACCCAUCAGACAGUCCACAUGGGAGAGAAACCACACAAAUGCCAGGAAUGUGGGAAAUAUUUUGCUUCAGAUAAACUGCUCGGGACCCAUCAGAAAGUCCACAUACGGGGUAAACCCUUCAAAUGCCAGGAGUGUGGAAAAUGUUUUUCUUGCGAUUCACAACUUAUGACCCACCAGAGAGUCCACACAGGAGAGAAACCAUUCAAAUGCCAGCUGUGUGGGAAAUGUUUUGCUCAGAAUUCACAACUUAAACCUCACUGGGCAGUCCAUACAGGAGAAAAACCCCAUAAAUGCCUGGAAUGUGGAAAAGGUUUUGCUUACCAUUCAAAGCUUUUGAUACAUCAGAGAGUUCAUACAGGAGAAAAACCCUACAAAUGCCAGGAGUGUGGAAAAUCUUUUGCUUACAAGACUGAUCUUGUGACACAUCACAAAGUCCACACAGGAGAAAAGCCAUACAAGUGCCAGCAGUGUGGAAAAUGUUUUGCUUGCAAAAAACGGCUGCUGAUGCACCAGAGAGUCCACACAGGAGAGAAACCAUAUAAGUGUCCAGCUUGUGGGAAAUGUUUUGCUCAGAAUUCACAACGUGCUAGUCAUCUUAAAGUCCACACGGGAGAGAAAACGCAUGAAUGUCAGGAGUGUGGAAAAUUUUUCCCUUACAAUUCAACACUUGUUCGGCACCAGAGAGUCCAUGCAGGAGCAAAGCCGUUAAAGCUUUUGGUAUCAGGACCAUUUGAACUGAGGCAGAAUUUCUGGAUGGCAACCCUGAUUUCAGAUCAGCUUGUCUUGGAGAAAAUGAAACAUAGGUCACAGCACAACACAGCAGAUAAGAAAAAAGAUACAGAAAUAUGCACAAACCAGCAAAAGAGUUCAACAGCUGAAUUCGACCUUGGCAGGCACCAGCAAGCCCAUGCAGAAGGGGGACAUUAUAACAAAGAUAGACCAUAUAAAUGCCAGCACUGUGGGAGUGGAUUUUCUCAGAACUCCCAGCUUGCGCGGCACAAGAAAGUCCACACAGGAGAGAAACCGUACAAAUGCUGGCAAUGCGGAAAAUGUUUUACUUCCAGUUCAGUCCUUGUAGUUCAUCAGAGAGUCCACACAGGAGAGAAACCAUACAAAUGCGGGGAGUGUGGGAAAUGCUUUGCUCAGAAGUCGCACCUUAUAACACAUCAGGGAUUCCACCGAGGAGAGAAACCAUUCAGAUGCCAGGAAUGUGGGAAAUGUUUCGCUCAAAAUUCACACCUCAUGACACAUCAGGGGCUUCACAGAGGGGAGAAGCCAUACAAAUGCCAGGAGUGUGGAAAAUGUUUUGGUAACAGUUCAAACUUCUUGAGCCACCAAAGAGUCCACACAGGAGAGAAACCAUACAAAUGCCAGCAGUGUGGAAAAUCUUUUGUUCAGAAUUCCCACCUUUUGCGCCACCAAAGAGUCCAUACAGGAAAGAAAUCAUACAAAUGCCAGCAGUGUGGUGAUUCUUUUACUUCCAGUGCAGUCCUGCUAGAUCAGGGAGUCCAAAUGGAAGGGAAACCACACAAUUAUCAGGAGUGUGGGAAAUGUUUUGAUGAGUAUUCACAGCUUGUGAGUCACAUAGGAGAGAAACCAUAUAAAUGCCUGGUCUGUGGAAAACAUUUUCCUUCCAUGUCUCUCCUUGUGAAUCACCAGAUAGUCCACAUGGAAACAAAGUCAUACAAAUGUCAACAUUGUGGAAAAAGUUUUGAUUCCAGCUCGGGUCUUCUGAAACAUCAGAGAGUUCACACAAGAGAAAAACCAUUCAAGUGCCAGGAGUGUGAGAAAUGUUUUGCUUGGAGAGACAAUCUUGUGACUCAUCAGCGAGUGCACACAGGAGAGAAACCAUACAAAUGCCAGGAGUGUGGGAAAUGUUUUGUUCAGAAGGCACAUCUUGUAAAGCACCAGAGUGUUCACACAGGAGAGAAGCCAUUCAAAUGCCAGGAGUGUGGAAAAUGCUUUGCUUCUAGUUCAGUCCUUGUGAGCCACCAGCGACAUCACACAGGAGAAAAACCAUACAAAUGCCAGGAGUGUGGGAAAUCAUUUGUUCAGAAUGCACAACUUGUGAGGCAUCGGAGUGUCCACACAGGGGAGAAACCAUACAAAUGUGAGGUAUGUGGGAAAUGUUUUGUUCAGAGUUCACACCUUUUGCGCCACCAGAGAGUCCACAUGGGAGAGAAGUCAUAUAAAUGCCAAAGUUGUGGUGAAUGGUUCACUUCUGAUUCAGUCCUAACGAUGCAUCAGAGAAUCCACACAGAAGAUAACCCAUACAAAUAUCAGCACUGUAAGAAAUGUUUUGAUCAGAACUCCCAGCUUGUGAGCCACCAAGAAGUCCACACUAGAGAUAAACCAUACAAAUGCCAAGAGUGUGGGAAAUGUUUUGCAUGGAGAGACAAUCUUGUGACUCAUCAGAGAGGCCACACAGGGGAGAAACCAUAUAGAUGCCAGGAGUGUGGGAAAUGUUUUAUUCAGAAGGUACACCUUGUGAAGCAUAAGAGAGUCCAUACAGGAGAGAAACCAUUCAAAUGCCAGGAGUGUGAGAAAUGCUUUGCUUCCAGUACAGUCCUUGUGAGCCACCAAAGGCAACACACAGGGGAGAAGCCAUACAAAUGUGAGCACUGUGGGAAAUGUUUUGUUCAGAAUUCGCACCUUGUGAGGCAUCAGAGAGUACACACAAGGAGGAAACCAUAGAAAUGCCAGUGUGUAAAAAGGUUUUUCUUAGGGUUUAACUCAAGAAUCACCAGAGAAUUCACACAGGUGAGAAAGCAUUCAAAUGUUGACUUGUGGGAAAUUAUUUCUUUGGAAAGCCAAACUUGUCGGCGUCUACCAGACAGCUUGUAUAAGAGGGAAAUCAUCUGAAGGAUAUAACUUUUAAGAGGACUUAUAUGUUGGAGGGCUGGGAAAUUGAUUCUUUUAAUUAAAGAUGUUGAUAGUAUUUAGUAUGGGGACUGAGUGCUUGAGGACUGAGAGACAUUUUCUUAAUACACCGCCACCCUAGAUGUAAACUGUUUGAAUACAUAAGUGUUUCUGCGUUAAUGUGCAACAUAAAAAUCAAUAGCAAAGUCCUGCUCCUUGCAUGGGGGAAGCCACAUUAAGGGCAGGAAUAUUCAUUGUAAGUGCUGUGCAGAUCACCAGAAACUCCACAGAGGGGGAAUAAGUGUGGAGGAUUUGGCAGUGCAAGAGAAGAGAUGUGAGAGAAGCUGAAUUUUCUUUGCCAUUGUAACAGCUCACCAAAAUGAAGAACUUCAUUUCACACAUUGAAGAUAUUCAGGAGAAGCAUAUCUUCACCGGUAUCUGAAUGGUGCUGGAAUCGGACUAAGUCCGAUUAAGAAGGACAUCUGAUUGCUUCAUAUCUAGAUGGUAAAGAGGCUUUACAAAUGCAUGGAUGUGUCUCGGAGAUUUCAGACAGCUCAAGUAAAACAAAAUCCUGGCGGUAGGUGGUUUCUUUUCCAAAAUCAAAACAAUAAUGAAGUAAACAAAGCAGUUGCCGCAAAAUGGAGCUGAUAACACAGCUACCAGAUCUGUACAGAAAGGGAUAAGAAGACUGCAAGCUUCCUGCAAGUGCAGUUAAAACAAAAUUUGAAGGGAAAAAAUAACAAGAUUGGUAAGGACUGCUGCGAUUAACAAUAGAAAUGUGCCCGCAGAAUUUUGGUCUCUUAAAUCCCAGAAUUCUCCAUUCUGGGAGUUCUACUUGAGAGACUCAUACCUACAAAUUUUGCUCUCCUAGAAUAAGAGCUAGCUCAAAGGCUUCCUGGCUUGGCUUCCUGUUAAAAAAGGAAGCUGUUCUGGUACUAGCUGGGAGUUUUGGCUGACAAGCAGGUAAAAUUCCAAGCCCUUCCAAAAGCACAAUUAAAACAAGAGACAGAAGAGUUAAAGACAAAACAAAACACUAGCUUUAAUUCAGCAUGUCCAAAUGAUUCUGCAGUUGUAAAGGUAUUUGUCAUUCUAGAGAACAAAUAAGAGGCAUGAGGGUUUAAGAGAUUAAAAUGUAAAUUAUGCUGAAAAAUAUAAGUUACAUGGAUAAUUUAUGACAAUGUGUCUUUAUUCAAAGAAUGAAAAUUUAUAUACAGUAUAGGUUUAUUUAUAGGGAAGAAUCAGAAGGGGGAAGGUGAAAUUCCUGAAGAUGCCACAGCAUCACAGAGAUGCUGCUCAUCCAGGCCAUCUUGUUUUGGAUUAUGAAUAGGACUUGGCAAACAGUGGCGGUGGCCAUAGUUUGAUUUAAAUGUGAGGAUGGAGGAUGUUCAAUAGGAGAUAAAUAUGUAAAAAUGAAUUGAAAAAUAACUAUUUUUUGUGUAAAGAGCCUAGAGAUAUUAACAUGCAUCCCUCACAUUAAAUCCAGCAUUCGUGUAUUGUGAUGGAAAAGAAAAAAAAAUAUCUAAGGAAGAUGCUGAGCUGAUGGUAACAGCAGAAGCGUGCGUGCACUUUAUCUUUGAAAGUAUAUUUUCUUUCAUGUAGCAAAUUCACCGAUUAAAUCAUCAAAGUCUG